AUGCCGCACGCGCGCCCCGAUCCGGGGGUGGACGUUGAGCCAGCAGCGGAGCCGUCCAGCUUCCGCAGCGCCAGCCCUUUCCCCAGAAGGAAGCGUGCGAAGCUGUUGUCAGAGGAGGAGCUGCCGCACGGGGAGCCGCUCGGUUGUUCCGUGUCGACCUGCGAUGAUCCGCGGGAGAACUUGGUUGCCGGGUGUUCGGAGGAGCGGCAGAUUGCUUCCUGCAGUGGCGAUCAACCGCAAAGCUCAGCCCCGUUUGUCGCAGUGCAGGAGAAUGUUUCUUCCGUCGAUAACGGCGGUGGGAUCUACCCGCAGACUGGGGUGGAGUAUUCUAAUGGUCAAAAUGGGUACAUUGCAUACCCGCAGCAUCAGCCCCUGGAAGGAUGCAUGUAUAUGAAUGAGCAUGGGCACAUGUGCGGGCCUUACGCGCCGAAGCAGCUCUACGAGGGGCUAUCCACUGGUUUCUUGCCUCAAGACCUUGCUAUUUAUGCUCUUGUUGGUGGGAAGAUGGUCAAUCCUGUGCCCUUGAGUCUUCUGGAGCAGUUCCUUUCGCAAUGGAAUUCUGCUGCUGCGGUCUCCACGCUGAAUGAAUCAAAGGAGAAUAAUUCAGUCGCUCCUACUGAUAAAAUGGCGCUCCGGGAUGUUAUUUCAAGUGAUGAACCAUGCUGGAUGUUCGAGGAUGCAGAAGGCUCCCGCCAUGGGCCUCAUUCUCUUGCUGAACUUUCUUAUUGGCAUCAUAGUAGCUAUCUACAGGAUCUCUCAAUGGUUUAUCAUGUUGAAAGCAAAUUUGGUCCAUUUACACUUGUCUCACUAGUUGAUUGGUGGAGUGGUGGUCACACGGAGCAUCCAGAAGCUACAGAGAAUGGUUCGGGGUCAUUUAGUGCUGUAAUGGGUGACAUAGUCGAUGAUAUUGGCAAUCAGCUCCAUGCCGGUAUAAUGAAAUCAGCCCGUAAGGCUCUAAUUGAUGAAAUAUUCAGCUCUGUGCUUCCAGAAAUUAUUGCUUGUAGGAAAACUGAGAAGCAACUAGCUGCAAAAUUGAAGACCAAAGCUGUUAAGCCUGCCAAUGUGAGCAGCAAGAAGGCUUCAGCGUUGAAGGGCAAGGUUGAUACACGAUCUACUAUUCACAGAAAAGAAAACUCGUACAAUACAAUACAAGCAACUUCUUCCGUGGCUAUUCAAUCAGUUGCAGUGCAUGCCAAAUUUGCUGAUAUAUUAUCAGCUGUCUGGCAAACUAUUUAUUAUGAAUCCAUGAAGAAUUUCUGGGACGGGAUACUUUAUGAUCCUGUUAUGGACUACUGUGGUGAAUGGCUUAAGAGAAAUCGCCUAUCGAGUCUUCCCUGUACAAUUGUUCCUGGUGCCUCAUCAGAUAACAGAAACAUGAAAGAAGCUGAUGAACCGAAGGCAAUAUGUGAUUCAGAGGCUCUUGAGUGUGACAUGGAUUUCCCACCUGGAUUUGGGCCAAGUUUGGAGUGUGUUGAGAGCUCCCUCUCUCGACCUUUGUUAGACAUUGACUCCUGCGAGGAAAAAAUUAGGCGGAAGCCUGAAUCAUGUUCCACUAUAUAUUUUGACCCCUCAUCGGGAGUCCAGUUAAUGCUGGCGAAUGAGCUAUACGUGUCAGCAAAGGAAACUUUGUUUCAUCAUUUCAGGGAGGUUAUUGCAGAAGAGAUUACAAACUGGUUAUGCCUUGGGCUUGAAGAUAUCACCGAUCAAGAACUAAUUCGUACCCCUGUUCAUGCACCGGAUUCUCCUAGUUCUACUGGAAUGGACAUUCAUGAAACACCAAUUCCUCCUGAAAUGGCUCUAGAUAAAUUGUUGGAUGCUGCUAAAAUGGCUACAGAUGCAAUAAGCAGUCCGUCUGUAAUGGCUCUAGAUGAAGUAUUGGUUACUGCUGCAAUGGUUACAGAUGCUGUACCCAGUCCUGCAGACAUUACCACGGAUGAGAUGUCAUGUGUUGCUGAGGCGGAAACAGAUAAAAUGCUCACUUCUCAUGUGGAACAUCAAUGCCCUUCAGCAUCUUAUGCUAGUAUAUUUGAAAAGCUUGAUGUAUCAGAGACAGCUGAAUUGGAUGAAAGUUUUGAUGAGGUGCCUCCUGGAAUGGAGAUGGGCUUACCUUCUGUGGUGGUUAUGGACAAAAACAAAUAUCGACCUCCAAAAUCAGUGAACUCUAUGCCUGUAAUUUCUAGAUAUAUUACCUUGGCGGUCUGCCGGCAAACACUGCAUGAGAAUGUCGUGAAAGAGUGGGCAUCUCUCGUAUCAGAUGCUAUUAGCAAGUGCUUUGAUUCAUGGUAUACCAAGCGGAAUGUUGUGUCUAGAAACAUUGAUGAAUCAUUGAGACCAAAGGAAUAUGCAUACUACAGGAAGAGAAAGUUAAGGAGCAGCUGUGAAGCAGUGCCAUCCAAAAAACCAUUGGAAAAUCCAAUGGAUGAGCAGCUUUCCAAGCCUCUAUCUGAGCUUGUUGACCGCAGGGUUCAUCUUAAAAAUGUCCAGGUAACAAAGAAGGCUGGGAAGUCGAAAAAGCUCUCCAAGAGUCCAGCCAAAACUCUUGAUAAUGACGUGCACACUUUGAAUAUCAAACAAGACUUUAAGCGGCUUUCCGGUGACGUACACACUUUGAAGGGUGGGAAGUUGAAAAAGCUCUCGAAGAGUCAUGCCAAAGUUCUUGAUAAUGACGUGCACACUUUGAAUGUCGAUCAAGACUUGAAGCGGUUUGCCAGUGACGUACACACUUUGAAGGCUGGGAAGUCGAAAAAGCUCUCGAAGAGUCACGCCAAAGCUCUUGAUAAUGACAUACACACUUUGAAUAUCAAACAGGACUUGAAGCGGCUUUCCGGUGACGUACACACUUUGAAGGCUGGGAAGUCGAAAAAGCUCCCCAAGAGUCAUGCCAAAACUCUUGAUAAUGAUGUCCAUACUUUGAAUGUCGAACAAGACUUGAAGCGGCUUUCCAGUGAUGUGCAUACUUUGAGUAUCGAACAAGACUUGAAGCGGCUUUCCAGUGAUGUGCACACUUCAAAUAUCGAACAAGACUUGAAGCGGCUUUCCAAUGAUGUGCCAAAGAGACAAAGGACUUCUCAUCUUACUAGGAGUCAUCUGGUUGAUAGUAAGGUUCCUAUUGAGAAUGAGAACGAAAGUAUGCCCACCAAGCUUGCAAAGAAAAGGAAGCCCAAGAACAUGUCUACUGACUCCAGUCAAAAGGCGAAGCCAUUGAUUUUAUGUCCAGUGUCAGAUGGCUGUGCAAGAGCUUCCACCAGUGGAUGGGAGUGGCGUAAUUGGGCACGAAACGCCACUCCAUCAGAAAGGACUCGUGUGAGAGGGUAUCGUGUUCGGAGUAUUCUUUCAACUUCAGCUAAUAACGUGUGGAAAAGUCCACAAGUCAAAGGUACAUCUGCGCGAACAAAUCGGGUUAAGUUACGGAACUUGUUAGCUGCUUCUGAAGGGGCCGAGCUGCUUAAAAUUACCCAAUCGAAGGCAAGGAAGAAGCGGUUACGUUUUCAAAGGAGCAAGAUCCAUGAAUGGGGUCUGGUGGCCCUUGAGUCGAUUGAUGCAGAAGAUUUUGUUAUUGAAUAUGUUGGUGAACUGAUUCGUCGGCCGGUCUCGGACAUACGUGAGGCUCAAUAUGAGAAGAGUGGAAUUGGAAGCAGCUACCUUUUUCGCUUGGACGAUGAUUAUGUGGUUGAUGCUACUAAGCGUGGGGGUUUAGCAAGAUUUAUCAAUCACUCAUGUGAGCCGAAUUGUUAUACAAAAGUAAUUACUGUGGAGGGCCAGAAGAAGAUUUUCAUUUAUGCAAAGAGGCGUAUAUACGCUGGUGAAGAAUUGACUUACAAUUACAAAUUUCCCUUGGAGGAAAAGAAGAUACCAUGCCACUGUGGUUCCCAAAGGUGCCGUGGAUCAAUGAACUAAGAAGUCAAGGCGAUAACCAAGGAGCUAACUAUAAUGCAAUUUGGUAUACAAGUGUACAAGUUGAGAUGCAAGGCAUCACUGCAUUUACACUGAAGUUUGACAACACAACCACCACUCCCAGAAUUACGACAGGAUUUCAUACCAAAGUAAGGGAUCGUGGAACAAGCUGUUUUGGGAGAUUACAGUUUCUUACCUUCUGACGAGGAACAAACCACACAAUUUAUUUAGGCUAGAUGAACUAAUUCAGACUAUCCAGAGUAAGGGUACAAUCGCUGGCUAUUGGUUGCCUCUGCCUUGUGGAAGACUGCAAAGGGAACUUUCUUCCUCAGUUCCUCUGGCAUCAAAGUGAACAGGAGGACAAGUCAGAUCACCGUGGAUGGAGCUAGUGAGUGGUUACUUGUUGACAAGGGACGUAUAUCUCUGGGAUUUGUAUGUAGAGGCGUCAUGCAUGUAUGCCUCGAUCCACAAAUAUUCCGAACCAGUGUAGCCACAGGAUUGCUUGAUUACUCGCAGGACAGAGGCAUGAGUAUGCGUCUGCCCUCACCAGUGUAAGUGUGUCCUUCACCUGUUUACUUCUCUAGCCCCUAACCCGUGAUGCAGGUGUGCAUGCUAAUCUCACUGCAAAAGCGAACAAAAACAGAAGACCAGUCAGUCAAAAGCGCUCAUGGUCAUGAAGGGCCCCGCUGAUCAUCACAUAUUCACAUGCUUGGUAUAUAUCCAAAAUAAUGGUAGUGCGAGCUUAUACGUUAAACUGGACGAGAGUUAACCAGCCGGUCGUGCCGAAAGACCACCAUAGCCAAAAUUUCUGCCAAGGUUGCCAAGCCUACGCACAGCAAGUGGCAAUGGUUACGGGCAAUGCCAAAAAAUUGGGUCUUUUGCAAAUCAAACACGGGCCAAACUUUAAGGAUUGCUACCAACAGAAAAUAGGACAGUAGUUUG